UCCACCCACCCCUGAGUCAUGUGACCCAGAUUUGUCCUGACCAGCCCUCCACCUCAACUUGCUGUAGUCGUAGUUGUCUGCUGCUCCGGGCUGGUCACUCCUGUAAACGGAGCGAUGGAGGCUUUCAGACGGUUCGUGGCCGCUCUGUGCGCCGCCGCCGUGGCAGGACUCGUCUCCAUAAUAUUCGUGCUGGUUUGGGUUCUCCACUACAGAGACGGUUUAGCCUGGGAUGGAGGAUCCGCUGAAUUCAACUGGCAUCCGGUUUUGAUGGUGAUCGGGUUCAUUUUCUUGCAAGGAAUUGCCAUCAUUGUCUACAGACUCCCCUGGACCUGGCAGUGUAGCAAACUAACAAUGAAGUUCAUCCACGCAGGCUUGAACUUACUAGCCUUCAUUCUUGCCGUUGUAUCUUUGGUGGCAGUUUUUGACUUCCACAAUGCUGCCAGUAUCCCCAACAUGUACAGUCUGCACAGCUGGCUAGGCCUGGUAGCAGUUAUACUGUACUGUCUGCAGCUCGUUCUUGGCGUCGGCAUGUACUUGAUACCAAUUACGCCGGUAUCCUGGAGAGCAGCCUUCAUGCCCCUCCAUGUCUACGGUGGUCUCUUACUUUUUGCCAGUGUUAUAGCUGUGGCACUCAUGGGCAUCACAGAGAAACUCAUUUUUGGCCUGAAGUACAGCAGUUCUCCCCCAGAGGCGAUUUUUGUGAACGUUCUUGGACUCCUCCUGGUGGUUUUUGGAGCUCUUAUCCUCUGGAUUGCCACUCGAACUUCUUGGAAGCGUCCCAGUGACCAGAUCCUGCAUACCCUGCAUACCAAUGGGGAUUGUGAGGACAACAGCAAAGUCGGUCCAGCCAUGUCUCAGCUUUCUGAUGGAACUGACGCUGGGACCUUUGGGGACGUCAGGAAGAGGAGUAACAAGCUGGAUGAUCAGGAUAACUGAUCAUAAAAUAACUGGCUCUGAGCUGAUGAUUCUGUCUGCAGAGUUGAAUGUAUGUACACUUAGUCUACACUGAUCAGAGAAAGUCCAAAUCAAAGAGUCCAUUUUUAGUUAUCUUUACAUAAAUAACUUACUCUCUUGCACAUUGGCUUUUUGAGGUUUUUGAGGUUUCUUUUCUAACAUUUAUUUUUAAGCACAUGUAAAUAAUGAUGAGCUACUUUAUGACAAGCGUCAGCUGAUGAGGGAAUACACUUUAUUGAAAUACCCGGAAAAAAAUGUGUUUUACAUAUUUACUAUACUGUACUUCUUUUGUAUUCUGAUCUGAAAUAUGGUCAGAGCCUACCUAUACUGUAUAUUUUCCAAUAAAUAUUUGCAACUUUAA